AUGGGCCGAGGUGGAAGAGGAAGUCCGGUCCCUCGCCGACCGGUUGACCUGACCGGCAACUUAUCUGUCGCUGAAAGAAACGACCUGACGACUUUAAUCACGGCCAUUACAGAGAAGCUUCACAACGAUAUCAGCGUCAUAUUUGACUCUCCGCCCGUCACACCUACUCUUGGAGAUGUGGGAGAUAUCGGCCAUCAUCACUGGCUGGCUUUAUCGCUCCAGACGAAUGGAAAAGAGAAUGUCAAACCCCGAUCUCCUUCUCUAGGAAAAGUUGUACCAAAAGUAGCAGCGGCAUCUCAGCCAAGCACCAAUACAACUCAGCCAACAGAUAAAGAGGGCUCCGAAACCAUCACUCCUCAACUGAGAGAGCUUAAGAAAGAAGCUCUCAUCUUUUUCCGAAAGUGGCAGUCGAUCUUCCUGCAGAGGCUUCGCGAUAUUAGUGUCACAGAACCCACCGCUCCUCAAUCUAACAUGCGUGGUCGUGGUCGUGGUAAUAUGCGAGGCGUACGAGGUGGUCGUGUGGCUCGUGGUGGCAGAGGAGGCGGCCGUGGAGGUCUAGCCUUGACAACAGGUCCUCCAAGGGUACCGUCGAAUCAUGUUGAUCGUGAACUAUGCCGGCAAUUCCCCCCUAUUCCAACGUCCCUCUGGGCUCUUCCUGUGGACAAACGCAAGCUAUUGUUGCAUAUCUCACUGCUAAUCCUCAUUUCACUUCAAGAGUAUACUGCAUAUGCUCGUAUGACCCUGCUAAAUCUCACUUCAUCCCUGAACCUUCCGUUAAAGUUCCUCCAUGAGGAAGAAAAGCGUCUCGCGCAGGGAUUCAGCCAACUUGCUGUCGAUACAGCUAUCGAACAAGCCUCAGAGCCAAACCAAGAAGAGAACAAACCUAUUCUGAAGUCAAAGGCCCGAAUUGCCGCCAUGACGGGCCCUUUCAGGCUGGGAGCACAACUUAUUGCUGUAGGCAUCGGCACUGGCCAUACCGGGCAUGGUCUCCGACUUCCCACUGCAGCUGGUUUGUUAGGACCCAUGGCCGAUAACGGCCCGUCCACCGGUUCAAUGCUUGGGAUCUAUAUGGCGAGGCCAACCGCUAAGAUGAUCGAGUCAUUCUCUCGUGAGAUCCAAGACUUUGGCCUCAUUCCUACACGUUCUGGGGAUCAGGGCGACUAUGUGGAUGCAAAGGCAAUUUUACCCACUUCCCGUCGACUUCGCCUAGUAAUCGCUAUAAACGGAUGGGUGACUGACAAAUAUGAUCUUACUGGCCCUUGGAAGGUCCUUGGUGAUAAUGGGGAAGUUUAUGUGUUGAGAUGGGAAAUGAACGUCCUUACCAACAUAGGUACUGCACUUGAGACAGUUGUCAAGAGCUCAGCUUGGACUGCGGCAAAAAAGGCCAUCGCCUCACGAACAAUUUUUUCAAAUCUCAUCGAAGCAACCUGGCCAACCGAGCUCAUGAAAGUGAGCAAGAUUAUUGACAACCCGUGGAGCAUGGGGAUGGUCCGAGCUGAGAAAGCCGGCACUGUUCUCGCAGAUGCAGUCAUGCGCAGCAAGAUUCAAGGUGACCGCCCUGUGUCUCUAAUUGGGUUCAGCCUGGCAGCCCGAGCCAUCUACGUUUGCCUGAUGAUACUUGCUGAGCGUCGUCAAUUUGGCCUAAUCGACUCCGUUGUCUUGAUGGGAACACCGGCUCCUUCCGAGAGUCGGGUAUGGCUCACUCUGAAGAGUGUCGUAACUGGUCGUCUGAUUAACGUAUACUCAGAGAGCGACUACCUUCUGGGCUUUUUGUAUCGCACCUCCAACAUUCACUUUGGUGUGGCCGGCCUUCAACGAAUUCAGGGUGCAGAUGGUGUUGAAAACCACGACGUUAGCAACCUUGUGAACGGACACUUGCGCUAUUCUACCCUGGUAGGAAAAAUCCUUAAGGAUAUUCAUUGGGAGGACCUGAACCUUAACGCCUAG